AUGAUUGCUGGUGUGCUGGGAGGAAAACCCAAUGGAGAUGGGAUUGGAGCUGACAGGCAAUUGGGAAAUUUUCAAAGGAACAAUCCUCCAUUGUUCAAGGGCACUCAUGAUCCGAAAGGUGCGCAGAAGUGGCUGAAGGAGAUCGAAAGGAUUUUCAGAGUCAUUGAUUAUGCUGAAGACCUGAAAGUGAGAAAAGGUAAGAAGCAUAUGGAUAGAGGUAAGCCAUAUGGUAGAGGUAAAGCUGUUGACUGGAAGAAGCCUAGUGGGGGAGACUCCAGUGCUCUUGUCAGAUGCUACAACUGUGGUGAGGUUGGACACCAUAAGAAUGAAUGCAAGCUUGAUAAGAAGAAAUGCUUUAAGUGUGACAAAGUGGCCCAUGUUGCUGCAGAUUAUAAGAAGAAGGUGAAGGAGGCCGUUAAACACGGUGCUACAGUGUGUAUGUUGUUUGCGUUGAUGAACUCGAAAGAGAAGACGGUGAGUAAUGAACUGCCAGUAGUACGAGACUUUCCAGAAGUUUUUCAAGAAGAUGUGAACGAGUUACCGCCGGAAAGAGAGGUAGAGUUUGCUAUUGAAUUGGUUCCAGGAACUAGUCCAGUGUCAGUGGCACCAUAUCGUAUGUCACCAUCUGAGUUGGCCGAAUUGAAGAAUCAAUUGGAAGAGUUGCUUGAAAAGAAAUUCAUUCAUCCGAGUGUUUCUCCCAGGGGUGCGCCGGUAUUGUUGCAUCUUUUGAUUGAUGAAACACAAGAAUGGAGAUUUGGAGUGAAAAACUUGAUUGAGAUUGGAAGGGUUUUUGGAGAGGGUUUAAGAAAAAUAUGGCAAAUGAAGUUGAUCAUGCAGGUUUCUGAUUUUAGCAAUUUCACUUUUGAUUUUACCGGAGUUACAUCUCCGAAAUUAUUCUUGUAA